AUGCUUCCGACGCCGGCCAUGUAUGAGUACGACGUUAUUGAGGCGGAGAGUUCUGAUGGCUUUGAUACCGAUUCAGCUUAUGCAGGCUCCUCCGCUGGGAGCUUGACCGAAACCCUCGCAUCUUCGAUUGCCCGGGGGGUAGAAGAGCAUGGUAGAACGUAUGCAGCCUACGGAAACGAAGGCAAGUCUGAUCUGUAUAUCGACACGCCCCUAGCUCGUUGGCUGAUUAUGAUGGCAGAUAAUUAUCCUUCUGCCGAGGUCUUGGGUCUGGAUAUUGCUCCCGUUCAACCUCACUGUCAUAUCAAGCCAGGCGGUUAUAUCGAAUUGCAAUGUGUAUAUCCCAAACUUUGUUGUGAUGAUGGCUCAUGCCCCCCUGAGAGUGGUUUAAUGACCUACAGCAGACAUGCUCUGGAAGCCGCGUCAAUAUUGGGAGUCCCUCUAGAUGCCUGCAUCGAGUAUGCUUCUUAUCUAACUGCCGCUGGGUUCGAAGACGUGACUGAGAGGCGCUUUAAAAUGCCAAACUCACCCUGGGCGAAAGAAAAACGGCUAAAGCUUAUUGGAGCAUUUGAGAUGCAUAAUCUGCUAAGGGGCAUAAGCGGCAUGAGUUUGAGAAUGUUUAACAAGGCGUAUGGAUGGUCCCGGGACCAGAUAGAGUUGUUUUUGGUGCAAGUUAGAAAAGAUAUAGCAAAUAUGAGAUAUCAUAGUUAUUAUGAGUUCGUAAUUGUAUAUGGUCGAAAACCAGGAGCGACAACUACAGAAAAUCCAACCCCCAGCCAGACAGAGCUGUAA